AAAAAAACAAACAAGCAUAUCCAAUCCAUGUUUGGAUUGAUGGUCAGAACACGUGAGCCGCUCGUGAAGGGUACACCUCAACACCGCCAUUAGAAUUGUAUAAAGCGGCAAAUACCUCACUGCCACAUAACCACUCUCCACCACACCGCCGCCGCCGCCGCCGAAGAUGACUUCCUUCUGUUCAACUUUAUGAACACAAACACUAUCAAAGAGUGGAGAAAAUAUACCAUAAUAAACUUGUAAUUAUAGUAGCAUAACACAGGAUUGGAUCAGUUUGAUAGUAUAUGUUUGGCUAUGUUGUGAUAUUUUGGUGCAUAAUUUGAAAAUUGUAAACCGUCACCGUCGUGUGUGUGAUCGAUAGUUUCAGACAUAGUUCAACCGGAAUCUGGAGAUUUGUUGGAGAUCUGGAGAACAAGUAUAGAGAUGGAGAACAAGCAGUUGUUUAUGUCUGCGUUGAGUGUGGGAUUAGGAGUAGGAGUUGGAAUGACGGUGAGUAGGUGGACCAGCGGCGGUGACGAUUCGUCGGGGAUGAGACUCACACCGCAAACGAUGGAGCGAGAGAUGCUGAGUAUGAUUGUUGAUGGCAAAGACAGCAAGGCCACCUUCGACCAAUUUCCCUAUUACCUAAGCGAGCAGACAAGGGUUUUACUUACAAGUGCAGCCUUUGUUUAUCUAAAGAACAUCGACUUCUCCAAACACACAAGGAACCUUUCUCCGGCAAGUCGAACCAUAUUGUUAUCAGGGCCCGCGGAACUUUACCAGCAAAUGCUUGCCAAAGCUUUGGCUCAUUACUUUGAAGCCAAGUUGUUGCUACUAGAUGUCACUGAUUUUUCACUUAAGGUCCAAAGCAAAUAUGGAGGUUCCUAUAAGGAAAAUGCGUUUCAAAGGUCCACUUCAGAAACAACCUUGGCACGAAUGUCCGACUUACUUGGAUCAACCCUAUCUAUGUUUCAAACCAAACAAGAAGCAACAGGGACGUUGCGUAGACAGAGUAGUGUUUCUGAUUUUGGAUCAAGGGGGUCCGAAACUUUCUCAAAUCCUCCGAAUCUUAGGAGAAACGCGUCUUCAUCGACUAAUAUAGAAGAGCUUGCUACAAAAUGUCCGACAAAUCCAUCUCCACUUAGGCGCACAAGCAGCUUGGCUUUCGACGAGAAGCUUUUUAUACAAACGUUAUACAAGGUUAUUACUUUCGUAUCCAAGAGCAGCCCGAUGGUGUUGUAUCUUAGAGACGUUGAGAAGCUUCUAUGCCGAUCACAACGAGUAUACACCCUGUUCCAAAAAAUGCUAAAAAAGAUUUCUGGACCGGUUCUGAUUAUCGGGUCACAAGUUGUGGACUUAGAAAAAGAUUACAGAGAAUUGGAUGAGAGAAUUACGUCGGUUUUCCCGUACAACAUCGAGAUCAAACCUCCUCAAGAAGAAAAUCAUUUGGUUAGUUGGAAAAGUCAACUGGAAGAAGAUAUGAAGAUGAUCCAGUUUCAGGAUAACCGAAAUCAUAUUAGUGAAGUGCUGGCCGCUAAUGAUCUCGACUGUGAUGAUCUCGCGUCUAUUUGCGUGGCUGAUACGAUUGAUCUUAGCAAAUAUAUAGAGGAGAUUGUGGUUUCGGCAAUUUCAUAUCAUUUGACACAUACUAAGAAUCCGGAGUAUCGUAAUGGAAAACUAGUUAUAUCUACCGCAAGUUUGUCGCAUGGAUUGAGUCUGUUCCAGGAAGGUAAAUCUGUUAAAGACACCUCAAAGGAUGUUGGUGGCCCAAAACCAGAAACGAAAGUUGAAAGCGCUCGUCCUAGCGAAGCAGAAGCCUCGGCUCCUAAGAAUACUGAUAAUGUGGCCCCCGCAACGCCAAAAGCUCCAGGAGUACCAGCUGACAAUGAGUUUGAGAAACGCAUAAGGCCCGAAGUGAUACCGGCAAGCGAGAUCGGUGUGACAUUUUCCGAUGUCGGUUCAUUGGACGACAUUAAAGAGUCACUUCAAGAACUAGUAAUGUUACCUCUAAGACGACCCGACUUGUUCAUAGGAGGCCUGCUAAAGCCAUGUAGAGGGAUACUACUAUUCGGGCCACCUGGAACGGGGAAAACUAUGCUUGCAAAGGCAAUCGCUAACGAGGCCGGAGCGAGUUUUAUUAACGUCUCGAUGUCCACCAUUACUUCAAAAUGGUUUGGUGAAGAUGAGAAGAACGUUCGAGCUUUGUUUUCUCUUGCGGCAAAGGUCUCACCGACUAUUAUAUUCGUUGAUGAGGUGGAUAGUAUGCUUGGUCAACGGUCAAGAGCCGGGGAGCAUGAAGCCAUGCGGAAGAUUAAGAACGAGUUCAUGACACAUUGGGACGGGCUGUUGACUAAACCGGGUGAAAGGAUAUUAGUCCUCGCUGCAACCAAUCGUCCGUUUGACCUUGAUGAGGCGAUUAUCAGACGUUUCGAGAGAAGGAUUAUGGUCGGGCUACCGUCUGUGGAAAAUCGGGAAAAGAUAUUGACGACGCUUUUGGCUAAAGAACAGAUCGACGAAGGAUUGAACUUAAAAGAGGUUGCGAAUAUGACGGAAGGAUAUACAGGAAGUGAUCUGAAGAAUCUAUGUAAUACGGCUGCAUAUCGGCCCGUAAGGGAGUUGAUACAACAAGAGAGAUUGAAGGAUAUGGAGAAGAAACGCUUAGCCGAGAGCGGUGUAGGGCCCGAGUCUCCAGAAGAAAAUGAAGAGGAGAAGGUGAUCAAGAUCAGGCCCUUGAAUAUGGAAGACUUCAGGGAAGCCAAGAAUCAGGUGGCGGCAAGCUUUGCAUCGGAGGGAUCAAUAAUGAGCGAGCUGAAGCAAUGGAACGAGCAAUACGGGGAAGGAGGUUCAAGGAAAAAGGAGCAAUUAUCAUAUUUCCUCUAGGUUUUCACCAUACAAGCUAUAAAGUCCAAUAAAAAGUGUUCUAGCCAGCCAGCAAUCAGAUUAAUCAGUUCGUUCGUCAGAAAACUGCGGUUCAGUUCAGUUUGUUGGGUGGCUUACAAUAUUUGAAUGGUUAUUGUGUGUGCUGUAACAUUGUUUGUGUUGUUUUCCACAUAAAAGAGAAUAUGUUUGAUGUUGUUGAGUGCAUUGUACGACGAAUGGUCUCUUGUACGAGGAAUGGUCUUUUGUGUUCUGUUGUAUGAUA